GCUUAUCGGUAAACAAAUUUUUUCGUGCCUAAGUAUAUAAAACGUCAAAUUCGGUACAGUCGACGUUAAUUGAAACAAAAUUGUAGGAGAAAUUUUGUGAUUAAAAAAAAAUCAGUCACAAUUAAUGCUUCAUAGAAGCGUUAAUUUAAUUAGAAAUUUAUCGAAAUCCGCAAAAAUAUCGUCAUCAAAAAUGGUGAAUCGACAUCAUAUCGAAGGUUAUGAGGAAUUUGUUAAUUAUAUGAAAAAAUUUAAAGAACCCGAUGUUGUUUAUAUUUUAUAUAGUGGAAGUAAAUUACCAAAUGGUGAUAGUUGGUGUCCUGAUUGUGUGGAAGCAAUGCCACAUAUCGAGAAAGGAAUUCAAUCCGCUCCCAAAGAUUCGCAUUUUGUCUAUGUCGAAGUCGGUGAUCGACCUUUUUGGAAGGACAAUAAAUGUCCAUUUCGAACGGACACAAAGACAAAAUUAAAUGUUUUGCCAACAUUAUCAAGAUGGGGAACACAAAAACGUCUCGAGGGCGAUGAUUGUUCGAAAAAUGAACUUUUGGAAAUGUUAAUCACCGACGAGGAGGAUUAAAUUAAUAAAUUGUAUUUAUGUAAUUAAUGAAAUUUAAAAAAAAAAAAAAACGAUUUUUAUUUUCAA